AUGGGUUCGCCGCUAUCUGAUUUCCUUGCUGAGGCUGUCGUUCAAAAGUUAGAGACACUGGUGUUUACGGACCAAAGACCAGUAUUUUUGGCGCGGUACGUAGAUGACAUCUUCGUUGUCCUCAAGCAUGAAAUCUUCACAACUGAGGCUGAGAGCAACAAGCAACUUGCGGUCCUAGACGUCCUGGCCGACCAUCCGCUGGGCAACGAACGCAGCUGUGUGCGAACGCUUUACAAAGGGACAGAAACACAUUGCAUCGAGGCAGGUGACAAAGCGGCUGAACAUAAAUAUCUUAGACGGAUUUUCAUAUUUUACAGUUUACCUCGCAGCUUCCUAGAACGCACCAGACAACCGAAAGAAGCUGCAAGAUCGGCGACGGAACAACCGAGAUUGUGGAGGGCAAUGUCAUACAUCGAGAAUGUUUCUGAAGCAGUCGCUCGUCUGCUACAACCUCUAGGUAUCGGCUUAGCCCACAGACCUGAUGCAACAAUGAGACAAAUAGCCCCUCUGUCACACGGAGUAGCAGCAAACGUCGUCUAUCGCAUCCAGUGUAGUUCCUGUGAGGCCAACUACAUUUGGGGGAAACCUCAAAGCGACUACACGCAUGUACGAGCGUGCACGCAAGUGAAGUCAACAGGAUGGGUCGACUCUCGUUGGUUGCGGCACAUUGUGCGGCUUUUGAACACACCUUCGCUUUUAAUGACGCUGAAAUCCUAG